AUCUCUCCUAAACCAUAUAAAACCUGGUGUGAUUUUAUAUGGACUGUAUUGAUCGACAUCCAGAACAAAAAUGAAGGCACCGGUUAAACUCAUGACCAUCAAAACCAAAGUGGGACAGAAGAAACGGAAAGACGCUUACCGCGACUUCAUCAACCGAGCUCACCAAGAGGUCAAGAGCUUUGUAUUCACACCGGUGCUGGAUAAAGAAAAAAAAUCAUGCCUUUGUCACGGAAUGUGUUGCGAAAACGUGCACUGGUUCAAAGGCUGCGACCGGGGCAAUCUUGGACAAGACGGUGGAGUUCGAAAGGCUCGACGUUCUAACGUUUGUGAAUCAUUGUCCCAGGGACCUGAUGUUGUUCCAGGCGCCAGCAGUGCGCUCCAGACCGACCAUCCCGGCUGUCCCAGGCGGGUUAUUUUGGGACUGGUAGCCCUGGAGGCAAGCCGGAUUUCAAAGACUUCCAGUUCCAGGAGACGUCGCAUCACGCCGCAUGAGUUGAACGCUGCCCUGGCUCUUGUCCUAGGGAGGACCCCAGCCGCUGCUUGAUGGACAACAUAAUAUAUAUAUUAUUUUUUUUAAGAUGUAAAUUAUUUUUAGAGUUGCAUGAGUGUUGUAUUAAAGAUUUUUUUUAAACCCUUCCCAUCUCGUGUGCGUUGCAUCUUUCAGUUUAUACAGUCUGUCAUUUAAUUUGCGCAACUGUGCGUGCUAGUUUCUGAGCGCUGUGCUAUCAGAUGUCAACGUCGAUCCAGUUGGCGUCUAAAAAAAAACCACAACGCGGUGUGACGCACGCUGUUUGUUUACGCGCACACCUGGUGCUUCCCCUCCACACCUCCAUCCCAGCGCUGUCCUUGGCGACGAGAAACUCCGCAUCCAUUCCUUAUUGGGCAUCAGCAAGCAUCGGAGAGCACGGUGGAUUAUAGGCGUUUUUUUUUUUACCUCCCAGGCGUAUGGAGCUCCAUUUAAAGACUGCAGAUACCAUGGCUGCAGACGAAUGUCUCCCACAACGUAUACUCAACCACAGCCAGCACAUUUUAAAACACUGGCCCAAGUGACGACUCAUCUCUUCCACUGUCUAUCAUGGGCUGCGGGACCUCGAUCUCAACUGAACCUCAGGGGAGGGCCAUGGAGACAGAAGAGGCUUCCAGCCCUGCUACCCCAAGCCCUGCUCUGACUAUGAAGGCAGCCAUCCUGAUCCAGGGCUGGUACCGACGAUACAUGGCCCGCCUGGAGAUGAGACGCAGGUACACCUGGAGCAUCUUCCAGUCCAUCGAGUACGCUGGGGAGCAGGACCAGCUACAGCUAUCCAGUUUCUUCAGCUUCAUGCUGGACAACUGCACGCAUCUUAACGGCAGCGGGCCAGACCUGAUCUCCCAGCUGCUAGACCCCGUGGUGGACCCCUGGCUGGGCAGGGAGACGUGCUACGAGCUGAUCCCCGUCGCAGAGUCCUACAGCGGCCCACGCAUCUCCUUCCCGCUCUCCGUCUCCCACACCAACAGCCUCGUCAACGCCUUCAAGGAGCACCAGACUCUCCAUGCCAGGUAUGCUCUGCAGUUGCUAUGGGAGACCAAAAAGCUGCUCAAGCAGAUGCCAAACAUCGUCCACAUGUCUACGUCCUACGCCAAGGAAAUCACCAUAUGUGGUGAUUUGCACGGACACCUGGAUGACCUCCUCCUCAUAUUUUAUAAGAACGGGCUUCCUUCUGCUGAAACGCCGUACGUGUUCAACGGGGACUUUGUGGACCGGGGGAAGCAGUCGACAGAGGUGGUCUUGAUCCUGUUUGCUUACCUGCUGCUGUACCCCAACCACAUGCACCUGAACCGGGGCAACCAUGAAGACCACAUCAUGAACCUCAGGUAUGGAUUCACCAAAGAAGUUAUGCAGAAGUACAAGACCCACGGCCGAGAGAUUCUCCAGCUCUUCCAGGAUGUCUUCAGCCUUCUGCCCAUCGCUACAGUGAUCGACAGCAAGGUUCUGAUCGUUCACGGAGGAAUCUCGGACCAAACGGACCUGGACUUCCUCAACUCCAUAGAGAGGCAGAAGGUGAAGUCGGCCCUGCGGCUGCCCAGACGCAGCCUGGAGGAGCCGGACGUGAGCCGGCCCUACAAGCAGACCCACGGCCCCCGUCCCGGCAGCAGCCACAGCCGCCGGCAGCGGCCCCGGGCCCAGACCAAGAGGAAGCGGCACCGUGGCCUCAGCCGCCAGGACAGCGGCUCCUCCUCCUCCUCCUCCUCCUCUUCCUCCUCGCUGUGCUCCUCGAGGACCCCCUCCUGCCUCUCCCCGCGGCCCUGCUCCUCGCCCCCCCCCCCCACCGUGCCCUUCUCCGUCGACGGCCUCCAGGUUCCCUUCCUGGACUCCCUGGCCUCCCUGCCUCCCCCCUCCCCGCCCCGGGUGGAGCGGGAGUGGAAACAGAUGGUGGACGUGCUGUGGAGCGACCCCAAGCCGCAGGACGGCUGCACCCCCAACACCUUCCGGGGCGGGGGCUGCUACUACGGACCGGACGUCACCCAGCGCCUGCUGCGUCACCACGGCUACCAGCUGCUCAUCCGCUCGCACGAGUGCAAGCAGGAGGGCUACGAGAUCUGCCACGGCGGAAACGUGAUCACCAUCUUCUCUGCCUCUAACUACUACGAGGAGGGCAGUAACCGGGGGGCCUACGUGAAGCUGGGCCAGGACCUGCUGCCCCGGUUCUACCAGUACCAGGUCAGCCGGACCACCCGCAAGCUCACCCUCACCCAGAGGGUGAGGGCAGCAGAAGGCUCAGCUCUGAGAGCUCUCCAGGAGAAGUUGUUCUCUCACCGCUCUGAGCUGCUCACUGGAUUCCUGCCCUUCGACCACAACAACACAGGCUUUGUGUCGGUCAGCGAGUGGGCCCAGGUCCUGGAGACGGUGCUGAGGCUGGAUCUCCCCUGGAGGACCCUGCGGCCCCACCUGGCCCGCCUGGCUCCCGACGGCAGCGUGGAGUACCUGUCCUGCUUCGACUACAUGGGCCCCGGGCUCCACCUUCCCCAGGUGACACCAAACCUGGCUGAGACUCUGGUCCGAUACCGGACAGACCUGGAGCUCAUCUUCAACAUCAUAGACAAAGAUCAUUCAGGUCUUAUCUCCCUGGACGAGUUCCGCCACACCUGGCGUCUCUUCAGCGGUCACCUGGGCGUCGCCCUCGACGACGGGGCAAUCGACGCCCUGGCGCGAAGCAUCGACUUCAACAAGGACGGCAGCAUCGACUUCACCGAGUUCCUGGAGGCCUUCAGAGUAGUGCACAAACUGGACAAGGACCACUAACCAGCUAGAGAGAGUAACUAGACAACAAGGACCACUUAUAGUUGACAAUGGUGCAUGUGUGGUUAGAAUUUGUACACCUUUAGAAAUGUAGUAUUGUUAAUAUAACCAUUCAAAUUGACUAAUUACCACCAAAGUAUGUCAUCUUGACAAUGGUUCUUUCAAAUCUCAGCCACACAUUUGGACAGAUGUUUUUAUUUAAUGACCAGACACAACCCCAGUACAAGAUGUUCAUAAAAAAAUAUUAACCUAUAUAUGGUAAUGUUAAAUACACAUUUAAUCUGCAUUAUCAUAAAUAUUAGCAUAUGUCGGCACCUUAUAUGUAUUACAGUAUAUUAAACUAUUAUAUUCUGCAUUGAAGGAUAAAAUAUCAAACAAACAUGGUCUAUUGUUUUAUCAAGUUUCCUUCAGGUUACAAAGGUACUACUUAAGAUUCACCUAGCCGGCACCUUGCUCAUGAGCCAUGGCAGUAGGAUUAGUCCUAGAUCUACGUUCUUUGACCACUGGCCAGAAUAGUCAUUCUCUGCUCUUAUAUGACCACGUACUUGUUUCAUUAACAUGAAAUCUGUGUUUUGAGGCAGCCUGUGAAAGCUUAUCACAUGGAUUAGAAUUGCAUUGUUCUUAAUAUAUUAUAUAUGAACAAAC